AUGGUUAAGCCUAUUGUAGCUCCCAGUAUUCUGGCAUCUGACUUUGCAAACUUGGAAUGUGGCUGUCAUAAAGUUAUCAACGCCGGUGCCGAUUGGCUGCACAUUGACGUUAUGGACGGCCACUUCGUCCCUAAUAUUACAUUGGGACAGCCUAUUGUGGCCAGUCUACGGAAAGCAGUUCCCAGAGUGGAUGACGCUAGCUCAUCGAAGCCAAAGGCAUUUUUUGAUUGCCACAUGAUGGUCGAGUCUCCCGAGAAAUGGGUUGCUGAUUUCGUGAAAUGCGGUGCAGAUCAAUUCACUUUCCACUACGAAGCUACCAAGGAUCCACUUGCUUUGGUCAAACUUAUCAAAUCUCACAAUAUUAGAGCGGCCUGUGCGAUCAAGCCUGGUACGCCCGUCGAUGUUCUAUUCGAAUUAGGACCACAUUUGGACAUGGCCUUGGUAAUGACCGUAGAACCCGGAUUUGGAGGCCAAAAAUUCAUGAUUGACAUGAUGCCCAAAGUCGAGGAAUUGAGAAAAAGGUUCCCUCAAUUGGACAUUCAAGUGGACGGAGGAUUGGGGAAAGAGACAAUUCCACACGCUGCGAAAGCCGGAGCUAACGUAAUCGUUGCCGGAACUAGCGUUUUCACAGCUGAGAACCCUACUGACGUGAUCUCGUUCUUGAAAUCGGAGGUGGCAGAAAACUUGAAGGAAAGAAACCUGCUCACUUAG